UUCCGUCUUUUUUUCUGACAAUCUUUGUGCGCGUGUUGCGUGGAGCAGAUCAACAGCUGAUCGUUUAUUUUGGACAAAGCAAGAAAUACGCGUGUGUGCAUUCGAUCAAGUAAUAAAACGCAAUUAUCAAAUCAUUAUCGUGUUUCAUUGUCGGCCAUUUUUUCGUUGUGAUAAAUUUCCGCUGUAAGAACUGCAAAAAGGCUGAAAUCUAAAGGGGUGGAUUUUUAUGGCUCAAAUCUGCAAAAGAGAUACAGAAAAGUAUACAGAACAUACACGUAAUUAAGCAGCGGAGAACGUCGCCAGAAGCAUGUCGACUUACGGCUCAUCGGAGAGUCUUACGAUCAAGCAGCCCAUUAGACGUCUGGAAAUUCAGAUCAAUAAUUUCAACGUCGCUAUUCCGCAUCAUGUAAAUUUGUUAAAGCGACAUAAGAACAAUAUCAAGAAGUUUCAAGAUCAGCACGAUUGGGAACAGGUACGGAAGGAACAUGUGAAUGUCUCUCGGAUCAUCAAGCAACUGAAGGAGUUGCUGUACCAGAUGGACACUCUUAGAGCACAGGUCCUCGACGUUGACAUAGGUAAAUUUGACAAAUUGACGACAAAGGCACGGGCAAGCAUCAUGAACGCGAUCGAGGAGUACUUAGAGAUGGAAUUAAAUUUUCCGACAUCACCACCUGUGUCGCCUGCAAGCGAGCCACACGAGACUCAGCAUCCACUUGAAGACAGUGGCAUCCAAUUGCAAGCAGAACAGGAAGACUUACAGCGUCAACAGACAUGUCUACAUGUUUGGAAUCGUCUGCAGGGGGAAAUACAACAGUUGCACGAGCUCUUUACGGAAUUUAAUAAAGUUGUGCAUGAUCAGAAAGAGAUGGUAAAUAAUAUGGAAGAUAAUAUUGAAGAGACUCAAAUCAACGUGAACGAAGGUGCAAGAUACCUCCAGAAGGCUUCCGCAUAUAAAGUCGCUGCUUAUCCCCUAGCAGGUGCUAUGCUAGGCACGUGUAUCGGAGGACCAAUAGGUCUGUUAGCUGGACUAAAAAUUGGCGGCCUUGCUGCCGUGGGUUGUGGUAUUUUAGGUUUCACAGGAGGAUCAUUAUUGAAAAAGAAACAGAUAGACUCGCGAAAACAAGAAUCGCGUUUAAGUGAUUCGACAAUAGAUCUAAGAAAUGUUAAGAAAUCUGCCUCUUGUCCUGACGAUUUAAAACUAGAUAAAAAACAUUUGUGACAAACGAUGACUUUCUCGACAUGCGAUAUUAAUUUUAAACAUAAAAAGAAAUGCACUGUUAUAUAAUUGUAAAUUGCUGGGAUGCUUGUACAUUAUUC